UUGCCUAUCUUACAUUAUUGCUCCAUAUCUUGAAUCUGAACACAGACAAGGUAAUAUUUCUCAGUUUCCCCAGCCACUCUCGCGGCUUGACUAUGCAGCAACUUGAUCACAUCUCCCAAUUCACCUUGCUUGACUGAAGCCACCAGUCAGGCCCAUCGAUUCCCGAAGCUGUCGCUGUCACAUGUCUUUACUGCUCGCCGCUCCCCGCUGUAUCAACUUGAAAAGCCACGGAGCUAAGGACCUAGAGAUCUGCGCGCCGCCCUUGAUUCGUGGAGAUCGGCUGAUCGUGGUUCACCCGGUCAUGCUCGUGACUGAUCCGAGGCCCUUCGUUAUAUGUGCUCCGUCUGGACCCCUCUCCGCUCGAGGCGACCAUCGAUGGGACGGAUUAGUUCGUGAUCAAGCACGAUUUCCUGCCGGCUGUCGUGCUUUCUCGACAUCUUCGCCUCGAUUCCGACCGUCUGAUUCAGAAGAGGGAUCGAAGGCGUUGGGCCGGGCGAUGGCCGCCCGAUCUUGAGUGCGCCUUACCUCGUCGGUCCUGUAAGCUGGAAGGGCAGAUAGCCCUGGGGUGCGAAACGAAUAUCGCACACAGUUCGGACGAGGUCAUCUGUCUGUAUCUCUAAGAUUCGUGAUGUUAUGCACAAGAGCGAAAAAUCUAGAUUAGAACUCGAGACUAUCUCCGUCGGCGGUCCUACUCAGCGACCGGAAUCUGCCCCCAUCGGUCCAUAUAUGUACAAUACACUUCCACCCGAUGUGUUGGAGCCGGACCGGAGCAUCGAAGAUGGCGAACUUGGGCCGAUGCGGCGCGGGCGGAGCUUUGUGCAGCGCGUGCGGAGUUGAGUCACAAUCACCAAGCUAUUGGCAGCCUGUCAACAAGAUCCCCAUUCCCCCUUGCACUGCGACCACAUCCACUCGCACACACUCAAUCCACCCCCGCAACUAUUAUCACCGAUAUUGAAACAUGUCGCCCGCCGCGAUCACCAGCCCGACAAACAGCAACGGCAAAUACCAUGCUGUGAAGCCGCAGAUUAACACACCCGCAGCGGCGCCGCGCCUGACCUCCGCCGAUGUCAUCCACCUCGAGCACGAGCACGGAGCGCACAACUACCACCCGCUGCCCGUCGUCUUUGACAAGGCUCUCGGCGCGAAGGUAUGGGACCCGGAAGGGAAGGAGUACAUCGACAUGCUCUCGGCCUAUUCGGCGGUCAAUCAGGGUCACUGCCACCCCCGGAUCGUCGCGACGCUGUGCGAGCAGGCCCAGAAACUCACCCUCUCGUCGCGCGCGUUCUACAAUAGCGUGUUCGGGCGCUUCGCGCAGGUGAUCACGGAUAUGUUUGGCUACGAGAUGGUGCUCCCGAUGAACACCGGUGCCGAGGCCGUCGAGACCGCCAUCAAGCUCGCGCGCAAGUGGGCGUACAUGAAGAAGGGCGUCCCCGAGGGCAAGGCCGUCGUGCUCAGCGUCGAGGGGAACUUCCAUGGUCGGACCGUCGGUGUCAUCAGCAUGAGCACCGACCCGGAGAGCCGAACCGGCUUCGGGCCCUACCUCGAGGGCGUCGGCCCCACGUUCAUGGAUGGCGAGGAGCUGCGGACCAUCCGAUACAAUCACCUCGCUGAUCUCGAGCGGGCGCUGGAGCUGAACGGCGGCAACGUCGCCGCGUUCCUCGUUGAGCCGAUCCAGGGCGAGGCGGGCAUCGUCGUGCCCGACGCCGGGUACCUCAAGAACGUGCAGGCGCUCUGCAGGAAGCACAACGUGCUUUUCAUCUGCGACGAGAUCCAGACGGGGCUGUGCCGCACCGGCAAGAUGCUGGCGUGCGACUACGAGGAUGUGCGUCCGGACAUCAUUCUGCUCGGCAAGGCGCUCUCGGGUGGUGUGUAUCCUGUUUCUGCCGUGCUGGCAGACAAGGACAUCAUGCUCUGCAUCAAGCCCGGCGAGCACGGCAGCACCUACGGCGGUAACCCACUAGGAUGCGCGGUGGCCAUCACAGCUCUGCAAGUGCUGGUCGACGAGCAGCUGUCCGCCAAAGCCGAUGCACUGGGCGAGACCUUCCGCUCCGCCAUCCGGGGGCUCAAUUCUCCGCUCGUGCAGACCGUCCGCGGACGGGGCCUGCUGAACGCUGUCGUCAUUGACGAACAGAAGAGCAGGCGUGGGCGCACGGCCUGGCAGCUGUGUCUCUUGCUGAAGAGCCGCGGUGUGCUGGCCAAGCCCACACACGUCAAUAUUAUUCGAUUCGCUCCGCCCCUGGUCAUCUCGGAGGAGGAUCUGCUGCGCGCAGUGAAGAUCAUUGGGGAGUGUCUAGUGGACUUGGACACCUUGGACGAGAUCCCAGGCGAAGUCGAUAGCGAGAAAGGACACACGGAUAACGUCACAAACUAAUUGGAUUGUACUGUAUACUGUACAUUACUACUGGCGAGAGUAUGGAGGACUCAGCGUGGCUUGCAUAUCUCGGGUAAGACACAAAAUAACCGUCAGAUCUGUUGGCAGCUCUAUAAGGGUGGAAGCGAGCCUAGUUAGCAGCACCCAUGCCUGUCUUCUACUACGGACCCCGGUCUUCAUGAACAAGGUCCGGAUACCACAAGACCGGGCAAUCUUGAGAUGCACCCGACUCCGAAGGCUUGAGAGGUCAGCAGAGCCGCCUGUCACCACGGCCGAUCGAUAAGACGACUAUAUGACGCGAGAUGUGCAGAGCGCGGAAAGCGACACGAGGAUGGCGAGAUAUGCACACACAGCGAGCGCACCGAUGUCGCUUUCCGGCGAGGUCCCAAGCGGUGUAAGUACAGACAGGGAAAUCGGAUAUAUUUUGCGACACAAAUCUACAUCGGACCUGAAUCCGAAGGCGAAAUGCCGGCCGGCCGGCCUCGAGGCGGAUAACACCACCUCACUUACCAUAGGGCCGUGCGAGGGUCCAGUGUGCAGAUCCCGGGAUGUACCGCUGAUCUCGCUCCGUAAGGGAAUUGUACUUGCGGAGCAGACGCCGCGAACAAGGAUAAUGCUCACUGUGGUGUUGUUGUUAUCCAGGUGGUGGUGGUGGUGAUAAGUAGGUCCGUGAUUUGUGUUUUCAUGGUUUGAGUUGAAAGUUUCAUGUUGUAGAAGCUACGUUGGUGUGUCAGUGGGAAUAUACGGCUCAUACAAGACCGAGUUACGCAUGAGCGGAACCCGUUUGCAUCCAGCGCGCUUAUCUCCACCGGGCCGUACUGGCGCCCACAACGAAACUGCUACACACGCACGUCAAGAAAAGACUGGGAACAUCAGACAUUCGGAUCGCUAAAAGACACCGUGUGGCAUCUUGGGUUCUUCGCGCAAGGUCUCUGAGCCCCGUCGAUUACAAGGUCCAAGUCGACCGCCUGAACGAGCUUUUUCACGUCUCCGCCGUCAAACACGCCUCGAUCCGUCGCCAUCCACCGACGUGCAGAAUCUCGGACAUUCCCGUGCCAUCAUCCCGGAUUAUGACGACCAGUCAAGUCGCUACCGUGUCGGCGACGCAUCACGGUCUGCGCCGUGAGCAUCGCAGAGCCGCGAAGAUCGCGCCAGUCGAGCUCCCUGCGGCGUCGCCGGGGCUGCCGCCGACGAUGCGGCCGCAGUCCCACUAUGACCAGCUCGGAUUCGGAUCGGGGCGCUCCCCCGUGCCCUCGCCUGUGGUCUACCAGCCACGUGCGAGCCGACCGCAUGAAUGGGCGAGCUUCCAGAGCCGGGUGAGCGGCUGGCAAAGUGCGGGGUCACCGGAGAUGGCGGCGUCGAUGCCGCGGCCGCGCGAGGGCGGAUCGCGCCGCAUCAUCGUAGCUGAUGCGCCUGCCUCGGGGUACCGCCACGGCCUGCCGUCGAGAGACCCUGGGGUGCAGACUGUGCCGUUCGCCGCGCCCUGGAUCGCGCCAGAGCAGCACCACCACCAGCAGGAGAAUCCAGCCCAGGCAAUGCCUGGCCGACCGCAAUCACAGCAGGAUCGGCCCGCCAACGCUCGCCCGGCCAGCCGAAAGACGGUCGAGGAGCGGCGCAAGUACAAUGACAUGAUGGCCGACCUGAGGAAACGAAAGGAGCUUGAAGACGCGAAGGCCAGAGCCGACCCGCACAACUAUCUCAUCCAGGCGGCGCUCCACCACGGCACGAUCCGGGUCCUCGAAUCCGCGCCGGACGCCUUUGUGCCCGCAUCCGCAACAGGCGAGUGGCUCGUCCUGUCGUAUCAUGGCGUUGCGUCGGAUCGCUGACGGGUUGUUGUAGCGAAUCUGCGGGCCGAUCCCGGGACGCCGGUCGAGCUCCACCACCCGCUGUUGGAAGCACCGGCUUUGCGCAGUGAGUGGCCAGGACCUGAAAGUGGAUCGAGACUGAAUCGUCGCGCACAGCCCGAGAAUUGGCUGAUGAAAAAUCGACCUGGAGCGAUGCGGCCCUGAACCCGACCGUCUACGCGAUUGCGCUCGAUCGGAGGCACAAGGUAGCCCGCCACGGGGAAUCUUGAAGAAUGCAAGUCGAUACAGCGGUAGGAGGAAUUCCCAGCCAGUCGAGGGGGCAGCAGCACAACCGGCGGCGGUGCCGCGUGUGACAUCCCCGAUUUCGCCCCAGUGCACCAGUAGUUCCAAACCCCUUCCUCCGGGAAGCCGAGUCUACGGCAAACUAAAGCCCGAAGCGAUCGCGCUCGAAUGGCCGCUGACGACCACAUACCGCAUCGACAGCGUCACCGGCCAGGCGCGGAGACGCAAGGGCAACAAUCCGUUCGUGCACUGGGACAUCCGGUUAGACCCGCACGACCCGCGGAACGUCACCGUCGCAUUCGAGCGCGGGCCACAGAACGAGAUGCUCGAGGCCCACCGCGGGAUGAACGUCUCGACACACUGCGUCGUGAUGGAGCUUGUCGUCGCGUGCCCGCUCGUCGGCCCCAUCACCGUCAGGACGGGCAGUGCGCUGCGGGUCAUCGACGUGUACAAGGCCAUCUACGACGCGUAUCGCCAGCCAGCAGACCAUCCGGAUCUCAGAACUGAGGGUUCCAGGAGGGGUGUUCGCGAGAGGCAGGGGGCAAGCGGGCGCCGCGCGGGCGAUGGGCGGCAGAUUGGGCUGCGCAAGAUCGACAUGCUGGACACAGGGAGUAGGUUCGAAGGGCUGAGGCAGAACAAACAGAACGAGUGGGAGCUCUUGUUAUCAGAGGUCUGAGUGUUGGAGACUUGGAUUCAGACUGCACACGCCUGGGACACUUUUGUACAACAUCUUCAUAUGCACACCUUUUUUACGAGCGGAAAAGAGCUGGGCCGAACGAACACGCGUUCAAGAGCGAGAAAGCUGU